AUGGCUCCAAACAAGAUUCGCAAACGCAAGCGAGUGCCCAAAUCGAAGCGUCGCAAACGCGAUGCCCGCUCUGCCACCAAGCCACUAGAAGAAGUCACCAAUGAGACCAAGCAGACCAAGCAGACCAAGCGCAAACCCCAAAAGAAAACAGUGCCAAUUCCCAUCUCUGACGAUCCCCUCGAAAAGAAUAUUCCCGAAAACACACCCAUGCCAGAAGGGUACAUUCUCGUCCCAAAAGGCGAUGUCUACAUCACCCGCCACUGUCGCAGCAAGACCAAAGACAAUGACCAAAUUGUCUACGUCGUAUAUAACCGGACUGGCAAACGCACCCUGGGCAUCCGCGUGCCAGAAGAAAUCCACACCACCGUGCUAGCCUCAGCAGCAGCAACCAAAGAGUCGCGUGCAAAUGCCGUGGAAUCACGAGAUAAGAAAGAUACCUCCAAGUCUCGCGCACUCCUUGAAGCCGAGUUCCCACUUAUGCCUGCAGAGACACUCCAGAUUAUCCUGGAACAUGCAUUCCUGAAAGGAUCUGGACGGGUUGGUCGGACGGGGAGGAUCAGCGAUGAGAAGAAAGUGCUUUUGGCUGUCGAGGCGCAUAUCCGCCAUGUGCAUACGCCUUAUGAGACGCUUUUGAAGGAUGGGGUUGGUAGGAUGAAGGCUAGGGAGAUGGUUAGGGGGAGUAUUUUGGCUGUGGAGCGGGCUUGGCAGGGACUGCUGGAGGAGAAGGAGGUUAUUGUACUUGAUUAG